AUGGAAACCGUCUUCAUCACUAUUCAUGAUCUGUCCCUGGACGCCCGCAUCAAGUUCUGUUCCGAGAGUAUCGAAUACAUUCUUGGCUACAGUCCUGCCGAAGUCCGUGGCAAAUCAUGCUGGGAGUACUUCCAUCCCGAGGAGAUUCCCUUUGCCAAGGACAUCCAUUCCCGAGGUAUUGCUCUCGACAAGGCAGCAUCACUGAACUACUGUCGCAUCAAGAACAAGAGCGGUGACUGGGUUGGCUGCGAAUGCGUCUUUACCGUCGUUCACGAUGUGAUCAUCGGAUGCACAGCGGUUUACUCCGCUUCACCGAAGGCCCAACAGAGAGCGAUCGACUCGCACCAUGUUCGCAAGGUGUUCUCGUCGGCGCCUAGGGAUCCGCGCUACCACAUGUUGUCGUAUUUGUCGAGCAAGUUCUACCAGGAGCCAAAGGUCCACGAAAGAGAGCCCAGAGCUGCCCUAUUCCUGAAUCGAUUCACUCGCACUUCAUCCAUCAUGUAUGCAACGACUGGGGUCAGGGAGAUUCUGGGACUCGAACCGGACCAAAUCACCGGCCAGAGCUUCUACUACAUGAUCGACGAAGGGUGUUUACAAGACUCGGUCACAUGCCUCGAAACAGCAAAGUCGAACGACUCCAUCGCCUACCUUCGCUUCAAGUACAGGAACCCACUCCAGCAGCCAUCCAGGGCACACUCGGUCACCAUGUCUGAUAUGGAAGAAAGUGACGAGGAGGAUGGUGGCGUGGCCAUUCCUCAAUCUCGGUCCAGCGGCAGUAUGCGAACUUCAAUGACGCCGCAACCCGACGUGGCCGCUGUGCUUGAUCGUGGAGUACAUUCGUCCGAUUCCGUCCCUCAGCUAAAUGGGACAACCCACAAUCUUGAAACGGCGACCACGAACGGUGUCAAUGGUCAUCACGCAAAUGAUCCUCACCGAUCCAGUUCCGACCAAAGCAUGGACCAGGCGCAAGCUGCUCGAGAUGCUCUCUUUGAUAGGGAGCCGGGCAACAAUUCAACAAGCACGACCAACACAACACCAGAUGAGCAAGUUCUGGAGCUCGAGGCUGUCAUCUCGUGCACGUCAGACGGGCUGGUCGUUGUGCUAAGAAAGGCUCGUGCACUCGUUCCGCCUGCCAUGUCGGACGUUGCUACGCCUGAUUUCGAUAACGGCAUAUUUGCGACUCCUUGGGCGUCGUCACCUGUACUUCCGACAUCCAUUCAACAAGCCUCAGCCAUGCCAAAUGUUGGCUUUCCAAGCAUGCCCGAUCCAGCGGAAGCUGGCCUUAUGGCUGCUAUCCGGGAUGUGGCUGUAUUUGCGUGGUCGCUCACGGGGAUCAACGGUUCGCUGGCCGAGUAUGCCAAAGGCGAGCCGAUUGGCGAUGCCACACCACCAGGAGGCUUAGCGAUAUGGGAUCCCAAUGCUACAUCGGAGCUACACGAGGAGGUGAACGGCUUUUCUGGAAGCAGACAUCGUCCUAUCUCCAGCAUGGGCGAGCCACAACCCAGAGGUAAGGAAAAGGCAGACUCGACCACGAGCAGUGACGAUGAAGUAGUCUACAAGCGAGCUCUGACUAUGACGCCCUGGCGCCGGCCCAAACGUAGGGCUCACGAUGAUGCAUUCGGGGAGGAUACGGGCAAUGACGCGGACGGUGAGGAUGACAGCCGCCGGAAGAAGAAGAUCUCAAAAUCGAGUAUUGGAAAUUGA